AUGGGGAACAGCAUUGGAGCCAAGCGCAAGGGCGCCAAGGUGAUGCAGCUGGACGGCACCUCCUUCCGCGUCAAGCCGCCGGCGGCCGCGUCCGACGUGCUGCGCGACCACCCGGGCUUCCAGCUCCUCGAGGCCGACGAGGUCAAGCUCCUGGGCGCGCGCGCGCGCCCUCUAUCCGCCGACGCGCCGCUCCGCCGCGGCCACCUCUACUUCCUCGUCGCGCUCCCGCGCCGCCCGGCCUCGCGCGCGGGGCCCCCGCGCCGCGCCUGGUCGGGCAACCUCCAGGUCGGCGCGCGCGAGCGGCUCGAGUCGCUCAAGCUCUCGCGCCGCUCCACCUCCGACCUCUCCUCCUUCCAGGGCCACGCCGCCGCCUCCGCCUCCGCGCCCACCUCCCCGCUCAACGGCGGCUACGCCAGCGCCGGCGGCGGCACCCCCGUGCGGCUCAAGAUGCGCCUCCCCAAGGCGCAGGUCGAGAAGCUCAUGGGCGAGAGCCGCGACGCCGCCGAGGCCGCCGCCAAGAUCAUGGAGCUCUGCGCCGCGGUCGGCGACGGCGGCACCGCCAAGGUCACGCCCGAGAGGCCGCCCGGGAUCCUGCGCAGCCCGCGCUUCGCCGCCACGCCCGAGUGGGGCUCCGGGUUCAUGCUCCCCAAGCCGGCGACCGGGCCGGCGCCCAAGACGCCGCAGCGGUGGCCCUCGCUCGCCCGCACCAACGCCAAGGAGGAGAAGCGGGCAAGGUUUGUGGCGUUGCCAGACGAGCUGAUAGCAUGACUGGUAUUCCCUUGACCACCAAGACGUGUUAACACAUCCUACUGUCCCAACCAUGCUUGGUGAUCGUCUGACCGGCCGGGAGAUAGAAAGUUUCAAUGUAUCUUCAGGCUGAGAUGUAGUUGGAUUGUUGCUCUCUUUCCAAAAAAAAAAAAAAAAA